AUGGAUCCAGACGACCUGGAAAGAUUACGCGCAAAGCGAGAGGUUAUGUUCGCGAAAGUGAAGUGGGAGUUAUCCGUCGCGAAAGCACUCCACACCCGGAAUCCGUCGUGCGGUGAAGUGCAUGAGCGUCGGGAAAAGCUCACGGAGCUUGCGGAAAAUUUCGAAGCCGCGCAAACAGUGAUCGAGGAGAACACAAGCAACCUGAUGGAUGUUACGUCGGUUUUCAACUACCGCACCCAAUUCGAAGAGAUUUAUUUCAACGUGAAAGACCUGUAUACGGAGUACCUGGACGCAAAUCAGGACCACGUUUCUUGGCACAGUGCGGGCAGCGAGACGUCCAACGAUUUGCGGGAUGCGAUAAAGGCGCUUUUGGAAACGCAGCAGGCAAUGCUCGAUCGCCGGCAUGCACCACCGCAGCAGCCAGCAGCGGGUGGUCAGGUGCCGAAUCAUGAACCCCAAGUCAAACUACCGCAGCUCAAUAUUCCCGUCUUCCGAGGUGAACGCAAAGCCUGGAACUCGUUCAAGGAUUUGUUUGUCAGCACGAUCCACAACAGGGAGGAUCUGAAGCCUUCCGUUAAAAUGCAGUAUCUGCUCUCCUACUUGGAUGGAGAAGCGAAGCGGAUGGUGAACUCGUUCCCCAUCACCGAUGCCAACUACGACGAGGCGUGGGCAACACUCGUGACGCACUAUGAUAAAAAGAAAUACAUAGUGUUUGCCCUCGUGCGGGAGUUUGUUGAUCAGCCAUCGGUCACUAAUGCGGCUGGAUUGAAGAAACUGGUGGCUACUUCUGAUGACGUCAUCCGACAGUUGAAGGCUCUCGGCAACGAGUACGAGACACGGGAUCCUUGGCUCAUCCACAUGCUGCUCGAGAAAGUGGACCGGGAGACCCGCGCGCUGUGGGCGCAGAAGAUAAUCGACGAGGAAAACCCGAUGUUCGCAGAUUUCAUCGAUUUUCUGCAGAAACGCUGUGACGCUCUGGAGACUUGUUCGGCGUUUUCGCGGAAGCAGGGAGAAACUGCGAAGAAGGAGUUCCCGAAGAACAACCCAAGCGAGAAGAAGAUUCAAGCAUUCCACGCCAGUGUGACACAGGCGUCGUGUGCAAAGUGUGGAAAGGAUCAUCCAACGUACCACUGCGAACAAUUCAAGGCCAUGGAUGUGUCGGCGCGUAGGGAACUGGCACUCACGUCGAAGUUGUGCUUCAAUUGCCUGCGUCCGUCACACACAGCGAAGAAGUGUCAAUCGAAGUCGGUGUGCCGCACUCCGCAGUGCAACCAGCGGCACCACACAAUGCUAUGCCAGCAGGAAAUCAAACAACCAGAUAGAAAGCAGGAGGUUCAACAACUUCCGGAAUCGGGAUCGGAUGUUCCAUCGAUCUCUACCAACUUUGCGCAGGCGGUUGCCGAAAAGCAAGGACCGUCCGCAUUCGCAUUGCUACCUACGGUGGUGGCAAACAUUCGAGGAGGUGAUGGGAAGCUACACGAGGUGAGGAUUUUGAUCGACUGUGGUUCCCAAGCAUCUCUCAUCACGUCAACCUGUGCCAAGCGCCUUGGGUUGAGGCGCAGCAAUGCUUCUUUGGAAGUCACCGGUGUCAGCGGCGAGGUCGUCGGCACCACUGCCGGCAUCGUCCCGCUGGUGAUUUCGUCGCGUUUCAACGAGGAAACCAAGCUCACUACAUCCGCUUACGUGCUGGGAAAGCUCACGGCAACCCUGCCGUGCCAGCGUUUCGACGUAGCAAACAUGCCGUACUUGGAGCAUCUAGAACUCGCGGACCCCCACUUCAACCAACCAGGUUCGGUGGAUGUCAUACUGGGAUCGGAUGUCUUCCUGUCCGUAUUGGAGGCCGGGCAGGUCAAGGAUCCAAAUGGAGUUCCUGUAGCACAGCGUUCCAUCUUUGGGUGGAUGGUUGCAGGAAGAAUCUCGAAGCAAUGGUGUACGCACGCGCAUCACUCGGUGGUCAAUCUUCACCAGGAAUUCGACAUCGAUCGCACCCUGCGAUUGUUCUGGGAAGACCAGGAGUUGCGUCAAGCAAAGCUUUGGACACAGGAAGAACAGAGGGUCGUUGAUCACUUCAACUCGACUCUUACCCGUACGGAAGAUGGUCGCUUUAUUGUCCGACUGCCAAUGGACGAUUCAAAGCAGCAGCUGGGAGAAUCGCUGACCGCAGCAGUCAGGCGGCUACGGGCCAUGGAACGCAGGUUCGAAAACGACUCGAACUUCAAGGAGAGAUACGUUGCCUUCAUGCAGGACUAUCAGGAUUUAGGCCACAUGGAACCGAUUCCGGAGGCAGAAAUCCAAGUUGAUUGUACGAGGUCCUACUAUUUGCCGCACCACGGGGUCGUAAAGGAAGGCAGCAGCACCACCAAGCUUAGGGUGGUGUUUGACGCUUCGUGUGUCACCACUUCUGGAGCGUCACUCAACGAUCUGCUACUCGAUGCACCGAAUAUCAACACCGACAUCUUCGAAAUCAUGAUGGAGUUCAGAUUCCACGAAGUAGUGUUCACCGCAGACGCGCACUUCCGGCUUCGCACGGUGACAUACGGGCUGAAGAACUCUGGAUUUCUGGCAAUAGCAGCACUCAAGAAGGCAGCGGACGAGUAUGAAGGAAAGUAUCCUGAAGCCGCAGAGCGCAUCAAGAAUAGCACCUACGUUGAUGACCUCACAUCCGGAGCUAAAUCAGUCGCGGAAGCUAUUCGUCUUGUCAAGGAAAUCAACGAGAUCGUGGAGAGUGCAGGUUUUACAUUACGUAAAUGGAGCUCGAAUUCAGCGGCGGUUCUAGAAUCGCUACCUGAAACCAGCACAACGCCAAUACAAAUACAGUUCCCGGAUGAACGGGAUAUGGUGAAGGCUCUAGGAAUUCAUUGGCUUCCGGACAAGGACGUCUUCACGAUCAAGGUAAGCCUGCAGACAGAUGGGUCCAACACGAAGCACCAACUACUUUCAGACUCUGCCAGACUGUUCGAUCCGUUCGGAUGGUUUGCGCCGGUUAUUGUUCGUGCCAAAAUCCCUUUUCAACAUUGUUGGCUGUACGACCUGAAUUGGCACGAUCCGCUUCCCCCCGUCGUCGAAGAAAAAUGGGUCGAAAUGAAGGAGAGCCUGUGCCAGCUGGAGAGGAUCAACAUUCCACGAUGGGCACCCAACUACGAGGAUCAAAUCCAACUCCACGGUUUUUCUGAUGCCUCCGAGGAAGCGUAUGCGGCAGUUGUGUACCUCAGAUCGGUGGAUCGAAAUGGGAAGGUCUUCAUUACGUUGCUGGCAGCGAAGACUAAGGUGGCACCCGUGCGGCAGGUGUCUCUUCCACGCCUCGAACUCAACGCUGCUGAAUUACUAGCGAAGCUGAUGAAGCAAGUUGCUGAAUCUCUCAAGCGCUUCCAGGUAGAACAGUAUGCUUGGACGGACUCGACUAUAGUGCUUCAGUGGCUCUCAGGACAUCCUCGAAAAUGGAACACUUACGUGGCCAACAGAACUUCAUCGAUACUGGAGGUCUUGCCGCGAUCCACGUACGAAAUCGAGAAGCACAUACUGGCUAAUCGAUCCAGCAUCGGCGCGGCAUGCCGACAGCUGGCAUGUGUCCAACGAUUCAUCUUCAACCUGAAGUCGAAGACGUCGACUCAGUACGAGAGGCGCUCGGGUGCGAUCCUUCCAUCCGAGUUACACGCAGCCAGGAUGCAGCUCAUCAGACUGGCUCAGCACGAAGGCUAUGAAGAAGAAGCAAAAUCGUUGGCGAAGGGAAACGAAGUCCAUCCGAAAUCGAAGAUCAGCAGCUUGUACCCUUUCUUGGAUGGAACCGGGACAAUUCGUGUCGGGGGACGUUUGCAGCAGUCGUCGUUUCCUUUUGAAGUGAAGCACCCGGCGAUACUCCCGAAGAACCACCGCGUGUCCAGAUUACUGGUUGAGGAGCUACAGGGUGGCCACAGACUCGGGAAAUGCGGGAAAAAAGUCUGGAAUUAA